CAGGUGUCAGCUGGUGCCAGCAGUGGUGAUCGCGUCUGAUACAUAUCGCGUGUCGGUCACGUAGAUUGUUUUCUGUAAAUUGUAUAAUACGAGGUUAAUUAUUGUCAAUAUUGUGUUAAUUGUAAUAAUUCUGCCAAUUAUCUCUUAAUUAGUAUAAUUAUUGUCGAAACAUUCAUUGGCGACGAGCAAACAUAUCUUGUGUCUUCGUAGAAUGUUGCUAUCCUCGGCUAACCUGUUAUGUUCCUAACCUCAUUUUGAUUCAUUGUCGAAACUGAGUUUUAAUGAACCACUGAGGAUGGCUGAAACGCGGCCAAUUGCAGAGUGCACGAAAGAGGCAAGGAAGCAGGACGAUGCCAUGAAGGAUUAUGAAUUUGACGGACAAACCUAUAUCUAUACCGACAAAGCAACAAACAUUACCUACAGAUUCGAUCAAAAGAAUAAUAAAUGGGUAGAGAAGAAGGACGAUAACUGUGGUUCCGACAAUAAAGAGAGCUUGGAUGAGUCUGAAAAGGGAAAUACUGUUCCUCAAGUUUGUGAGAAACGCACAGAAACCGGUGCCUUCGGCUUUGAGAACGAUACGCACACUUAUACAGAUCCGAAUGACGGCAGCGUGUACUUCUGGGACAAAGAAAAGAACGCUUGGUUUCCGAAGGUCGACGAAGAUUUCAUGGCCAAGUAUCAGAUGAGCUACGGUUUCACAGAAACAGUCAAUACGACGGAGAAACUGGAACCACCGAAAUUGCAGCAGGCUUCGCCCAGCCAGAACACCAAAGAGGAAAAGGAACAGAGGAGAGCAGAGGCCAAGCGGAAAGCUCAGGAACCACCCAGCUGGUUCGAGGUUGACGAGGCCCACAAUACCGCUGUUUACGUAUCCAGCCUACCCUUGGAUAUUACCACAGAGGAGCUCACGCAACUUUUCACCAAAUGUGGCCUUAUAGCGAGGGAUGAGAAGGGACAGGACAAGAUCAAGCUGUACAAAGACAACAACGGUGAGCCGAAAGGCGAUGCUCUCUGCACCUACAUCAAGGUCGAGUCGGUGGAUUUGGCGUUGAAAAUUCUGGACGGUUCGCAGAUCCGAGGGAAAACUCUAUCGGUUCAAAGGGCGAAAUUCCAGAUGAAGGGCGCGUACGAUCCCGCUUUGAAGCCGAAACGGAAAAAAAAGGAUAAGGAACGGCAGAAAAAAAUGCAAGAAAAAUUGUUUGAUUGGCGGCCCGAACGUAUGCGAGGCGAGCCACUCAAGUGCGAAAGAGUUGUUAUCAUAAAAAAUCUUUUUGCACCGGAGGAUUUUGACAAGGAAGUCCAGCUGCUUCUGGAAUAUCAACAGGACAUCCGAUCCGAGUGUCUGAAAUGUGGUGACGUCAGAAAGGUCGUCAUUUAUGACAGACAUCCAGAGGGAGUAGCACAGGUCACAUUCCGAGAGCCGGCAGAGGCGCAAGCCUGCGUGCAGCUUUUGAACGGCCGAUGGUUCAGCCAGAGAAAGAUUUCAGCGGAGAUCUGGGACGGCAAAACUAAAUACAAAAUUACAGAGACUGAUGCGGAGAUCGAAGCACGAAUAAACAAGUGGGAUAAAUACUUGGAGCAGGAAGACGAAGAAAAGGAAAAGAAGAUGAUGGAGGCGAAGAGUAACAACGAGAAGCAAACAGCUUCGUAAUGAGAGAAUAUUCCACAAUCGGUAAAAUUGCAGCGUAUUUCAUGAAUUCUGUUUUCUGUAUCUCUGAAAAUCUUCGUUGUCAUUUCGCGUCGAGUGUUAAAUUCAGGAAGCGUAAAGAGAUUGUUUUAGUGCUUUAAUGAGCAUGCGGUAAUUAUUCAAUCAUGUCACGACAACAAGUUUUGGGAUUAUUUUAAUCUUCGUCGUCCGAUUAACAUCACUGUUGUAUUAGUAAUAUAUUAUUAGUCGUUGCAACAAUAAAGAUUACUCUUCAAUUUA